ACCGGCGCCAACGUCAACGACUUUGCGUGGCUAGACGGAAGCCCUUUCACCUUUUACCCGUGGGCCAACGGUGAGCCAAAUAAUGCUGGAGGUCGCGAAAGCUGUAUCGAGAUCUACACCGACGAGCUCUCCGGCAAGAACGCACCGAAGAGCCCCUAUUUGCAUAUGUGGAACGACGUGGAUUGCGAUAGUCACCACCGUGUCGCCGUCUGCAAGAAGGCAUCGCUUUAU